GCCUAUGUUUCCUGUUUCCCACCGUCAGUAAAAGCAGCACGAGAGUCCCAUAGUAGACACUUCUGUCGUACGUCAAGCUAAAAAGGCUCAGCAUGUCUGAGAAUGAAUUGGGACAAAAGUGGGACCGAUGCCUUGCGGAUGGUGUCAUUAAGCUCGGCACGGGGCUGAGCCUAGGAAUGGUGUUUUCUGUCAUCUUCUUUAAACGGCGCACGUGGCCCAUCACGCUGGGCUCAGGACUGGGUGUGGGCAUGGCGUAUGCCAACUGUCAGAAGGAGCUCAGAUCACAUUACCUGCUGCACAGAAAGGAACAAUAACUUCAAGACACGGACCUUCCUCUUUUUAUUUUGGGAGCAUCUUGGCUUGUGUGGGAGUCAACAUUUGCACUUGGACCUUCUCCUAAUAUGACUCUGUAUGACCUGUAACUGUAUGUACGUAUGUAUUUAUGUACAUAUGUACAUAUUUAUUUAUGUACGUACGUUUGUAUUUAUGUACGUACAUAUGUAUUUAUGUAUGUAGGCCAUCAGGACACUUUGUGUAAUAAAAUCUUUAUCAAAA